UCUAGUCAGUAUUCCGCUUAGUCACUUUGGCGGAGUCUGUGAACUUGAGCUGCGACGAGGCUCUGCUGCGGAAAACUGUCAGCCCUCAGCCGCAACACUCGAGUCUGGAGCAUCAAGAGCCGAUUCCAGAUGGAAGAAGCAGAUAAAGUUUCCUCCACUGCACCCGAUGGAGCUCCGCGCGAUAUCAUCAUGAAUGAAGCCGCUGCAGUCGCUCCGACACCGGCAGACGAGACGCUGCGCAGCGCGGAGGAGCAUUCACCGGAGAACACUAACCUCACUACUGCACAGAUAACUAGUGCUCCACAGAUGACUGAGGUAACUAGUGCUCCAACUGAGGUAACUAGUACUCCUGGGAUGACUGAAGAAGCUAUUACUCAACAAAGAUCUGAAGACGCCAGUGCUCCACAGAUAAGUGAAGAAAGCUUGACUACCCAGAUAGCUGAAAUAAGCAGCACUUGGCAGAUAACUGAGGAAACUAGUCUUCCAGAGCCAGCAGAAGAAAGCUGUACUCCAGCUGCUAGCGAAGAGCCUCCAGAGACCGCUGGAGCAGCACCACCCUCCUCGUCCUCGGAGCCGGAGCUGAGGGAGGAGAGCGUGACUGCGGCGCAGGAGGAGGCCCCCCGAGCAUCUCGCUCCGAGCACCGAGAGCCGUCACCGUCCCAUGAACCCGAACCCUCUGUUGCUGCUGCCAUCGCUCCUGCUCUCCUUCAGUUUCCAUCAGACCGCUGCGAUUCUCCACCCGUAGCUGCACGGGCCAGCGCUAGUCUUGCUAUGGAUCCAUUGGGACAUACGGACUCGGCAGCGUUCGACCCGGAUGUGUUGAGCCAGUCCAAUGACGACUUCAUGUUCGAAAUGAAAAAGAGUACAUUCCAGGCGUUUCCCCCCGUGAGCGACAGCCUCGAGGAGACCACCGCUGCCAGGAGAUCAGUGGAGGUGUCUGAGAGUCCGUCUCCAGACCUGGUGCAGGACGCGUACGAUGAAGGCCACGUGCCGUCAGAGGAGCUCAAACCGGAGACUGAUGCAGUCUCCCUUUCGUAUGCGCCAUCCGACCUUUAUUCAAACAUCGACACGGCAUCUGACGACCGACCAACGUCUCUCCCAGAUAUUCUCAAGUCGUCUCCGCUGAACCCUGACAAACUGGACUCGGGCUCGUCAGAAGGAAGCCCUGAUUUCAGCCCGGUUCACAGAAGUGUGGACAAUUCCCCAAAUUCCCCGUUCACUGCUAGCAGUCCCUUUGGAUUUGACUCCAAGAUCUUGCUGCUGAAGGAGAUGACCGAGGAGACGGAGGUCAGAGCUAUGGAGAUGGCCAAGCUGGAAACGGAGAACAACUCCGAGCAAAGUUUCACCGCUUUCGAUCUUGUGAAAGAGACAGAGGUGUCUCCGAAGAGCGACGACCUUCUUAAGGACAAAGAGGUGAUCAGCCAGACCGCAGUUCAGACGGCUGACAGAUUUGAGUGUCUCGGCUUCCCCGGCGGAAACACUCGAGAACCAUCUGAUUCUGAGAGUCCGUCAGCAGACUCCUUCUCCCCGGUGCUGGAUGCAGUCACGCAGGAGCGGCGAGCCAUCCAGGGGGCGAUGGACACCGCCGAGGAGGCGUCGGAGCAGGAGGUCUCAUCUGAAGAGUUUGAGUUUGUGGAGCGGCCGCCGCGAGGAGCCGCUGAGGAGUUUCUGGAAAUGCAGGAUAGCCUGGCCUUCAGUAAACCCUCAGAAAUGCCGCAGGAUGAAGACAGAUCUCCUAAACUGGAGCCUCAGGAGGUGGCAGAUCACACGCCUACGAUCAAAGACGCAGAAAAACAAAGCUCUUACCAUCUCCUCACCCAGGCGUCAGACAAACCUUCUCCUGCGAGAGGUAAAGCGGGCCUGGAGUCUGAUUUCCAGGAAAUCUCCCCAGCUCCUGUAAUCCGUCCUCCAGCGGAUAAACCCAGAGCCGAGGAGAAGGAAGCUGAAGGCAGCAUGUGUGAUCCGAGUGCAGCGGCAGUGCUGGAGCUGCUGUACUGGCGGGAUGUGAGGGCCAGCGGGCUGGUGUUGGGCUGCAGCCUCUUCCUCCUGCUCUCCCUCCUCAGCUGCAGCAUCAUCAGUGUGCUGUCCUACUCCGCACUGGCCCUGCUGUCCCUCACCCUCUCCUUCAGGACAUACAGGGGAGUCCUGCAGGCCGUCCAGAAGUCUGAUGAGGGGCAUCCAUUCAAACGGUACCUGGAUCAGGAUGUAGCUUUGUCUAAAGAUGUGGUGCAGAGGCACAGUGACGUGGUUCUGAGCAGAAUCAAUGGCGCGCUGAAGGAGCUGCGGCGUCUGUUUCUGGUGGAGGACCUGAUCGACUCGCUGAAGUUCGCAGUGUUUCUGUGGGUCCUCACAUAUGUCGGUGCCUGGUUUAACGGACUCACGCUGCUCAUUCUCGGUCUGAUUGGAGCUUUCAGCGGCCCAAUAGUCUAUGAGACACAUCAGACUCAAAUCGAUCAGUUCAUUUUCACGCUGAAGAGCCGGGUGAAGGAUGUCAAGGGCCAGAUUCAGGCCAAGGUUCCUGGAGCGAAGAAGAAGUCCGAGUGAUUCUGGAGCGGCUCUGAUCUCCACUCCUCAUCUUCAGCUCUAUCUCUGUCUCUGUCUGUCUGUGUUCCUCACUCUUCGGUUCAUUCACACGACUGCAUCUUCAUCAAGUUGCUCUGAUACUGCUUGCAGAAUAAAUGAAAUAUCUUGUUUAAUGUCUGAGAAACGUGGUUUUGAUCCUUCAGAAAAUGAAAUGCACUUCAGGUCUGCUUUCUUUUUUUAAUGAGGGAAGUGGAAGAGUACCAGUAUUGGCUUUUUGUGGCGUUUUAGUUCCUAUGACUGUGAUUUUACUUGAUUGACUGGAGUUUCUCUGUCAUACUCGGUUAUCUUAGCAACUUUUCUAGAUAUCAAGACAUCUGAGCUCCCCUGCAGGAUCAUCUCUGGAUGAACACGUUUACAUGAAGCUUCCUCAACAGAAGCUAUUGUAUUUAAAUAUAUUUAUCUGCUAAAGCGAGCAGCGUUUGUCAUGCCAAUAACUGUGAAUGAAACGCGUCCCGCUGUCUGAGCUCUGUGAAUGCAUUUUGAGAUGUUAAUGAGAACCAAUAAAGCUU